GAUGAGAGCGAACCCAUCGAUGCCCAAGAGAUCUUUGACUUGCUAGCGAGUAUCAAUGACCCGGAACAUCCCCUCACCCUUGCUCAACUGGCUGUGAUCAAUCUGGAUGAUAUCAACAUUACGGAACCCAAGACAAGUAGUGGUAUUCGCACUAUUCAUGUGGGUUUGACACCGACCAUCCCGCAUUGUAGUAUGGCGACGCUGAUUGGGUUGUGUGUGCGUGUACGCUUGACUAGAUGUCUACCGAGUCGGUUCAGACUCGACAUUAAAGUCAAGGAAGGAACGCAUCAGUCAGAGCGUGCGGUCAAUAGGCAACUCGGCGAUAAAGAACGUGUUGCUGCAGCUUGUGAGAAUGAACAACUCAUGGCCGUCCUCAGCGGCAUGAUGGAGGGUUGU